AUGAGAUUCUAAUAGUGAUAAGAGAAAAAAUAAAAAAAUUCCAAUCAUGCUAUAGGUUAAUGUAUAAUAAUAAUUAAGUCAAACAGCUAAGGAUAUAUUUUGGCUUAUGCAAAUAAUAUAGUUAUCAUAUUCAGAAACCGUAGUUCUGCAAGAAAAUACCUCAGGGUUAAAUUUUAAAAAAAAGGAUAAAGAAAAAAGGAGAGAAAAUAUUAAGGAAUUAGAAGUUUUAAAAAAGUAUAAAGAAUUCUAAUAAGUUUGA